AUGACAGGUCUAGCAGCAGCCGCAGCCGCAGCCGCAAACGCAGCGGUCGGAGCAGCAAACGUGAUAGCGGCACCAGCCCAACCAAGAGCAUUCAAACCAUAUGGGAGCCCUCCACCAUUCGACCUCGAAGCAGAAAAAGACUCUUUUGACACCUGGGUCAGAAGAUGGAAGAUAUUCCUCGCCUUGUCAACCAUCGACGAGGUGCUGGAUGCCGGACUCCGCCCAGCCUACAAAACCAAUCUGCUACUGUCCUGCUUCUCCACUCAAACACUGCAGACAGUGCUAUCAGCAGGCCUCUCACAAGCCCAAUUAGCCGAUCACGACCAAAUAAUCGGAACGCUGCGAACACGCUGCAACAACGGGAAGAACCGCCAUAUAUGGCGCCACCAGAUGGCGUUGUGCACACAACGGCCCAACCAACAAGCAGACAACUGGCUGUGCGAGCUGCGAGACGUCAGCAGGAAAUGCGACUUCAUCGGCGAUUGCUGCGCCAGAUGCGAAACAACAAGGAUCCUUGGACAAAUAGUCACCGGCGUGGCGGACAACGAAGUUCGCAUAAAACUGUUAGAACAAGGAGACACCCUGACACUCGACGGUGCGAUCGCGAUCCUGCGUACGGCUGAAACCUCCCAGCUCCAAGCGGCCAACCUGAGGGACGACUCUUCAAUAUACGCCAUCCGGCGGUCAACAUACCAAACCAAGAAAGCAGCUGAAGGCAACCCGGGCGCGACCAAACAUCCCGAAGAGAAGAAAGACGGCGUAAGAUUCGAGAAAGACAGCUCCACAUCAUGCCGAUUUUGCGGCGGACCGUCCCAUCACAUCAGACGCGAUUGCCCCGCCUGGGGGAAGAAAUGCCACAACUGUGGACGAGACAACCACUUCGCCAGUGCAUGCGAAGAUGGCUCCAAGAAAAAAGUAGGAUCAAUAUUCGAAAGGAGACCAAUGGAAGGAACGAACGAGCCACUCACGAUGGAAUUCACAGCCCAAGGAGGAACGGAAAAGGCGUCCAUAUCAACCCUCGCAGACACCGGAUCAGACAUCGACGCCAUCCCCGACAAGAUUUAUUACGCCUUCUUCCCGGAUAUACCGCUAAGGCCAAAUAGCCCAGCCCAGUCAGCGACCGGCAGCCCAAUCAUGUUUCUAGGCACCUUUCAAGCAACAAUCGACUGGCCCGCCGACCUCAACGAGUCCAGCCCAGCAACGGCCACAGUCCACGUACUGGAAAAGCUAAAACAGGCGGUCAUUUGCCUGCCCAAGAGCCAAAGUCAACACGCUGAAGCACCACCCUUCGCCAACCAAGAAGAAAGCAGACCUGGCCGGCCUGAUGGACGAACACCCGCGCAUGGAGCCACCCCAGUAAAAAUGCACGGAUCCCGCCCAGUAUCGGAGCCAUUGAAGGAGCCAUUUAAAGAAGAACUGGCCGAGCAGAGGGCACAAGGCAUCAUCCGAAAAGUCCCACCAGACACCACAACGCCAUGGAUCCACGGCGUAGUUCUGGUUCCAAAAAAGAAAGGAGGAGUAAGAUUCUGCCCGGAUUAUCGACCGCUGAAUAAGUGGCUGGUCGGAGCCAAAUUCGACAACCCGACUCCAUUUCAAGCAGUCCGUACAAUCCCCAGAGGCAUGCGCUUCUUCACAGUAGUGGACGCGUUAAAGGGGUACCACCAAUGCGCGCUGGAUGAAGCGUCCAUGGCCUUGACAACCUUCGCCACCCCGGAAGGCCUACACCAGUACACCCGGCUGCCAAUGGGGAUCUGCCAUGCCGGAGACGAUUACGGACGACGAUUCCACGACAUCUUCGGUCACCUCCGCAACACAGCCAGAUGCAUGGAGGACCUCAUCAUCUACUCCGCCACGUACGAAGAGCACCUGGAGUUAGUCCGCGCAGUUUUCAAGACGGCCAGCGACCACAACGUCGACUUCAACCGCGCCAAGACGACCUUUGCAGAGCCGACCGGCAAAUUCGCCGGCUACAUAGUGUCGGAGGAUGGCUUUCGCCCAAGCCCAGAUUUGACGCGUGCCAUCAAAAAAUUCCCGCAGCCACGGAACGUCACCGACCUUCGGCCAUUCUAUGGGCUGUGCCAGCAGGUCGGGAACUUCAGCAGCAAAAUAGCAGCAGCACUAGCCCCCCUCUCUCCACUGCUAAAGAAAAACGUGGAAUGGAGCUGGAACGCGCAAGAAGAGACAGCUUUCCAGACCGCAAGAAAAGAACUGGCGCAGGUUCAAGAGCUCGCGUUCUACAACCCAGACCGGACCACGUCCCUCCACGUCGAUGCAUCCCGCCUUCACGGCCUAGGUUUCAUCCUAAAGCAACAAGACCCAGCAACCAGCAAGUGGCAGCUAGUCCAAGCCGGAUCCCGGUUCCUUUCGUCGGCCGAGUCUAGGUAUGCGAUGAUAGAACUGGAAUGCCUGGCGGCCGCGUGGGCCAUGAAGAAAUGCAGACCAUUCCUCGAAGGACUACCGGCGUUCGACCUCAUCACAGACCAUCGGCCGCUGAUCCCAAUUCUCAACGAGUAUUCGCUGGACAAACUAGACAACCCGCGACUGCUUCGCCUCCGCCUCCAAAUGACCCGCUUCAUUUUCACAGCAAAGUGGGUCCCAGGCAAGAUCAACGUCGAAGCGGACGCACUCUCAAGAGCGCCAGUCGAACGCGCAUCAGAAGCAGACGAGCUAGCAGAAGGACCCAGCACCUUCCGAGCAAGAGGCGCGUUAAUCGGACUCAUAGCUGGAUAA